AUGAAAGAUCUUAAUCAAAUCUUUUCGAUUCAGAUCUUCUUCAUUAUCCUUAGGGAGACGCUAGAAACGGCGAUCAUCAUUUCGGUGCUUCUCUCGUUUAUCAAUAAGAACAACCCCCAGCCAGUUCAGGAAGACGUGGAUGAAUCGGAGGAGGCUUUGGCCGAGAGACGUGCCAAGGUAGCACACGUUAACCUGAUAAACAGGGGCCUUCGACUUCAGGUUUGGCUCGGUGCCAUCUUUGGUUUGUUGGUUUGUCUCAUAAUCGGCAUAGUCUUCAUCACCCUUUUCUAUUUUGUGGAGAAGGAUCUCUGGUCAUACACCGAAAGACUUUGGGAAGGUGUGUUCUCGCUUCUCUCCAGUGUCAUCAUCACAAUCAUGGGCAUUGGUCUUCUCAGAAUCAACAAGUUCAUGAAAGUCAAGUGGUGGGUCAAACUUGGCGACGCAUACGCUACUCAGCAGCCCGACAAGCUUGAUUCAGACACCAACAUGACUGAGAUGGAUGACUUUGCCGGCGUGUCGUCAUCGCAAGACUCAGACGCUCUUUUGGGCAAUGCCAGCACCACCCCAGUCAAGAAGGAGCUGAAGGAUGGCUUCACUAGCAGAUACUACUUGGCCAUUUUGCCUUUCGUCACCACCCUUAGAGAGGGCCUUGAGGCUGUUGUGUUUGUUGGAGGUAUUGGUAUGUCCCAGCCCUUGACAUCGCUUCCGCUUGCCGUGUUGGCCGGUGUCGCUUCUGGUGCUGCCGUGGGCUACACGUUGUACAGAGGAGGUAACAAGCUUUCGCUCCAGUACUUCUUGAUCUGCUCAACAUGCUUCUUGUACAUUGUCAGUGCUGGUCUCAUGAGCCGAGGCGUUUGGUUCUUGGAGUUAGAGAGAUACGUGAGACUCUGCGGUGGUCUUGAUGUCAGUGAAACCGGCAGUGGUCCUGGAUCCUACGACAUCUCCACUGCUAUCUGGCACGUGAACUGCUGUAACGGUCUUACUGAUGGCUGGUGGAUGGUGGCCAACGCCUUGGUGGGUUGGACCAACACCGCUACGUACGGCAGUGUGUUCUCAUACUUGGCAUACUGGAUUCUCGUGUCUUUGUGGCUCCGAGCCAAGUUGUACGAGGAGAAGCACGGCAGGUUGCCAUUGAUUCCUGUGAGAUGGCAGGUGAAGAAGAUUAGAAAGAAGUUGAAGCUAUACGAGGCAAUGCACAAGCAGCAGUUGACCGCCGAAGGUGAACGUCAGGCUGAAGCUGCGGCAUACGUCGCUUAG